AUGGAUCGUCGUCGUGGACAUUCGCCAUUCUGCCUGGAGCAGCUCAUUUGCGCGGCACAAUAUGUGGAAAAGGCGCGCAACAGCAUCCAAGACCCUACUAUCCUGAGCUUUGGUAGCGAUGAAAGUAGCGCCGAUUCGUUCAUCCUGACAAAGGAUCCGCCAUCCGGGCAAAUCAGCACAUGCUCGAGCGCAUCCACUUCAUCGCUGGGAUUCCCUCUUGUCCUCAGUUCGGUGACUGUGAGCAUGGAAAAACUACAUUGUGCGAUUAAUUGCAGGGCAGCGCAUAAUGAGCUUGAGAAGACGCGUCGUGCCAAUCUUCGCGGCUACCUGGAUCGCCUGAAGGAAAUCGUGCCGCCGGGGGCCGAGAAUGCUCGAAGCACUACCCUGUCACUGCUGACCCGUGCCCGAGACUACAUACUGGUUUGUCAUUUUGCUUGCAUACUUCAAUCAAGCCAGGAGAUUAACUUUGAACGAAAGCAGCAAUUGGAGAAACGUUGCGCAACACUGCGCCUUGUGAUUGAAAGCUUCCAAUCUCAGAAGACUUCAUCGACCGAAGAAUCUCGCCCGGGAAGUGCAAGCACGAUCUCAGCAAUAGACGAUAUCGAUUUUGGACUUUUAUCGUCCUCUUCCGACAACAUAUCAUGCCUGAAUUUUAGCACCAAACUUUCCGUCUCGUCCGACUCGUCCUCAAACUCAUCAGUUGUAAGUUCGCCUGUUCAGUCUUAUCCACCAGUUGAUCCUUAUGUUAAUGGACUGCUUCCAGCGUUACCCCUGUGUUAUCCUCGCAUAUCAAUGUAUCCCUACCUCGAUGUGCAGCGUCCUGUGAUCAAUCAUGCCCCUCUUUCCACCGCUAUUCUAUGA